AUCAAACCCAAAAUAAAGAUAAUGAAAAUAACGGAGGAAACGCAUUCAAUAAAAUACAAAACGAAAUAAUCGAUGAUUUUAAUUCGUUCUUAAAUGAAGAAAAUGACGACAUAUAUUUUGAUAAGCUAAAUGGACAUAAAUAUCUAGAAUUUAAAAAUAAUGUGAGUGAUGGAAAUUCAGCAUUGUGGGAGAAUUUAAUUAAGAAAAGUAAUUUUUAUGAUAUUAAAGAGGAUUUUGAAAAUUAUAAUAAAAUUAUUAAAAAGCAAGAAGAAAAUGAACAAGAUAAAACAAAUGAAGAAAAAACAUUGGGAGAUUUAUUAGGUAUGAAUAAAUAUGCAUCAAUAAAAAAUAAAAAUCUUAAAGAUAUAAAAAGUACUACUGUCAAUACAGAAGAUUUUUGUCAUAUGAUCAAAAAUUUUAAUAUUAAUAAUAUGAAUGGUCAUGUAAAUUUAGAAAAUUAUCCAAUGAAUAUUAAUAAUAAAGAUAAUCUUUUCAUGACCGAUAAUUUUGUUCAGUCAACAAAUACAAAUAAUGCAUUUCAAGAUACAAAUAUUAAAUUGGAACAUAAACAAGAAGAAAAUGGUACUUUGAAUCCUCUUAAUAAAUAUUUUACUAUGCAUGAUAAUAUAUAUUAUAUACAAAAGGCUAUUCUCAAAAAUAAUUCGGUCCUUUAUAAGGAUGACAAUAUUGAGAUAUCUCUAGAUCAGUAUUACUAUGACUUGAAUGGGCUUGUGAAAAUUUUUUUAAAAAACAAAAAGAUAGUUAACUGUUAUGAUGUUGAUAUACAAAUAUCAAACAAAAUGCUUUUCCCCUUAAAGAUGAAAUUUUUAAAUUUUGAAAAAACCUUGUCAAUGAAUUCGACAAACUGUUAUGAAAUAGCUGUAAAGUGUUUACAUAUAUAUAAAGGAUUCCCCCUAAUCAAAUUGUCGUAUAGAAUGCAAGACAUGUUUAAAAAGACCAUCGAGCUAAGACUUCCCAUACCUAUAACAAAGUAUAUGAAGAAAAUGGAAAUUUCGAAAGAUGUUUUUAAUAAAUUCUGGAGUAAUAAUAAUUUUAAUGAAUACAAAAAAGAAAAAAUUAUUAAUAAAAGUGAUAUAGUCGAUAAUGAAUUGAUUGUUAUGGAUUCUUGCUUGGGUGGAGCCCUUGGAUUAUGUUACGUAGAAAAUAUGAUUUACUUAUGUGGUUGUUACUCUAACAGUUCUGCAGAUCACGAAAAUUAUUUUGUGCUUGUCGGUAUUGAGAUGAUAAAGAAAAAAUUGAGAAUCGUAUGUAAAUCAAAUAACCCGACUUUAUCAUCUGCUAUUUUAUUUUUAAUCGUAUUGAUGCACAAGAAACAUGAAACAUAA